GUCCCAAGUCAUACGCGAGUCCGCCGAUGGAUCUAAUUGAUCAGCAAAAAUCGAUGAAAUGAGGGAUAUGGAACAAGAGGGGGUUGGGCGGCUGCCCCGCCCAUCGGAUCUUUCGCCGCCGCUCAUUCAUUUCCUCAAUGAUCAGUUUCGGACGCGGGAUGAUCUCUCAAGAUUCCCGAAUGUCGAGUUGGAGCUCCGAAGACGGUGCUCCCAUCUCGAGACCGCCCUCUCCGAUCUAACUUGCCGGCUUUCUGAAAGCUUUGCAGUCUACGCAGCUCAUUCCAAUGAUGUAGGUGCCCUUGUUGGAGGAGCGAGAGAGGUUCUGUUCGAUCUACGGUCGUGCGAAGGGGUUUCACCUCAAGAUGGAGAAGAAGGCGAAGAGACAGAGAGGAGCCAGCAUAUACUGGGGAAGGAACUGCCAGCGCUCGCUAGAGGGGUGGCAAGAGUGGAGACUGUCCGGGCUUAUGCAGGUGAAUUGCCUCGAUUGAAUAGUCACUUUUGUGUUUUUUGCAAUGCUUGGAAACUGCGAGUAGACGGGACAUUUUGAAAACAUCUGAUUUUU